GGAUUAUUAGAAUAACGAUUAAAUGAUUAUAUUGAAAAAGUUAUUUAAUUAGAAAAUUAAGUGCUAAAAAAUUAAAAUCAAUAUGAUAAUUUAGAAUUGAAAAAUUUCAUAUAAGAGAAUUAAAACGAAUUUUAAGAUAAAAUUAAUGACUUUGAAAAUAAAUUUAGUAAAAUUUAUCAGUUAGAAGAUAAUCUUAAGGAUAUUGAAAAUAAAUAUCAUUAAAUUUUUGAAGGUUUCAAAGAAAAUUAGGUAAAAUUAGAAGAAAAGAAUAUAGCCACAUUUAAUUAAAAUAAUACAUAAAUAUAAGAUAAUUUAGAAUUAGUUUAAAAUAAAUUUAUUUAAAUCGAAAAAAAAAUCAACUAACUAGAAAACAAAUUACAAGAAAAGUUUAGUUUUGAAGAAUAAUCUUAAAAGAUAUAGAUUAUUGAGGAAUAUAAUAUAAAUUUAAAUUAAAAACUAGAAAAAUGCAUACUAGAUUAAUCAAAAAUAUAAGAAAUAGAAUUUAAGAUAGAUCAAAUGAAUAAAGAAAUUGAAAAUAUUUAUGAAAAAAUAAAAAAAUAAUAAGAAGAAGCUAUAUAAUAAAACGAAAACAACUAAUAAAUAAUCAAAGAUUAAUUUUAAAAUUUUUUAUAAGAACAAGAAAAGAAAAAUGAUGAAAAUUUAGAAAAUAACUAAUAAAAUUAAAAAGAAGAAGAAAAAAAUUAAAAAAUAUUGAAUUUUGAAAAAUAAAUAAAAACUUUAGAAAAUUAAAAUUAAUAAUUGAUAUAAAUAACAAACGAUUUAAUAAAA